CAUGUCCAUCAGCUCAUUGCGCAUGCGCAGUAGAGGCGCUGUAACACAGGUCUUGAGGAGGGAACAUGAACAUGAAGGCUCUUAAGGGCUCCUGAAGGCUCCUAGAGGCAGGUGGACUUGAGAUAGCAGUCGAGUGCAGCAGCUGCAGAGUUCUUCUCAUGGGAGGGAGCUGUGGAUAAGAUGCACCGCCGAGGCGCUGCAGGAUGAACCAGUCGUUGUCGUGUUCGCCAUGACUCUGAGGUCCACACUGUUUCCACACACCGGAUUCAAGCAGGACACUGACACCAUCGACUUCGACAAAGCGCAUUUUGGGGCCGUGAGCCUCAAGAGGGAGUCCUGCGACUUUGUUAUAGAUGUUCAAAACGCACACGGGGGCGAGAUCCCGAGCAAAUCAAAGGACUUAGAGCAGAAUUACAUGACAAGCAAAGUUUCCGCCACAGUUGCAGAAGUAGUUCAAGGAGACAGUAAAACUGUGGGGGUAUUGUCCCCUGUCAGACAAAUGGGGGGUGAGGGAACCCCAGUGAAAGGUAAACCCCUCUCUGCUGACAACAUGGAUAACCCUCAGAUGGCUCUGAACAAUAACCCCAAGGAUGCAGGUGUGGACGACAGCGUGAAGGGGCUCGUCCCCGGAGUCCUCGGCACCGCAUCCAUCGAGCUGUCCUCUGAGGGCAAGUGGAGGAACAUCAGGAAGACCCCUGCAAAUCCCCACACGCAGGCCAAUUGCCUCCGGCAGAUUCUCCUCCUCCAACUGGACCUCAUUGAACAACAGCAACAACAGCUGCAGUCCAAGGACAAGGAGAUAGAUGAGCUCAAAUCAGACAAGGAGACACUGCUUGCACGUAUUGAGCGCAUGGAGCGUCGCCUGCAGCUCACAAAGAAGGACCCACCACGUGACAAGCGCCUUUUCCAGCCCCUGGAGCCAUGGACCCCUGACAAAGAGGACAUGUGGGAUCUGGAUGUAGAGGAGAGUCCACAGCCCAACACAGCCACUCCGCUCGCCUUUAGUCGGGGUGGCAAAGGUCAAAAGAGAAAAUCUUGCUUUGGAGAUGCAAAAGGGCAGAAAUCGCGGGGCAAAAGUGCCAAGCUCAGCCCCCAGAAGUCUGAGCUUCAGCCCGGCUCUCCCAAUCAAAGAGAGCUGCGCAGUAAGGAAACCCCAGAGAAGACCCUUCCCAUGAGGUUGGGGGCUGAAAGGGACCUUAUGCUCACGUGCAAAGAGGAGCCCGAGCUGGGCUGUCAGAUCGAAGACCUGCCCUUCAUGUCUACUACAGAGAUGUACCUCUGUUGCUGGAACCAACCUCCUCUUUCUCCUCUGCGUGAGACUUCCCCUAAAAAGGAAGAAGAGGUGGCCAGUGAGUGGACUCCUCAUGUAGUACAUGAUAUGCUGAUUGUUUUUCCAUCUUGGAGGGAAAAUCAUAUCGAGCCUUUGGAAGAGGACCCCUCCUGUAACCCCUCUGAACCGCUGGACGACAAUGUGUUUUUGAAACGCCACUCGAAGCUGGAGUUGGAUGAGAAGAGGAGGAAAAGGUGGGACAUCCAGCGAAUCAGAGAGCAGCGCAUGUUUCAGCGUUUGCAGCAGCGCAUGAACAGGAAGAAAACCGUCCCGGAGACCGAGCCAGAGCUCUCAUCCUUCUAUCCCGACACUGAAGAUGUUGAAACUAUCGUGAUCACUCCCUUCUUGCCUGUGGUUGCAUUUGGCCGGCCGUUGCCCAAACUCUCACAACAGAACUUCGAGCUGCCUUGGCUGGACGACCGAAGCCGAUGUCGCAUUGAGGUGCCCAAAAAACACACUCCUCACCGGACCUGUCGGAAGUGAAACUCUGAUGUGUGUAACAGCGGAGAGGUGCCGCUCCAUGCCCAGAUUAGAAAAUGCUAUAUUUGUCUUGCCUGGUGGGGGGAAAAGACAAGCCACCAGUCGCUAUGUAUAACUGCUGUUGCUUUCAGUCUGAAGUGUCACCACUGACCAGCUGAUCUCCUGCAGAAUAUUAUAGAAGGACGGGAGAUGGCUUGAUAUUUUUGGUCUCAUUUGCACUUAUGAAAGGGAGAUUAAACGCCUGAUGCCACAAGAUUACAGUCCCUGUGUUAGCAGCUGUUGAAGAUUACACAUCAGUUUAUACUCUUAAAUAAAAUGUAUGUUAUCUGCAUGUCCUGUAACAUGUUUAAAAUACAUUUUGUAGCAGCUGUGCCAUCCAAAAUUGAUUUUAUCAACAUAAAAGUGGAGUUUCUGUCACUUUUAUGGACUCUAAUCUUGGGUGGUAAAAAAAAAAACAUUGGUUGCCAUUUUGACUAAAAAGUAGCGCUUACGUCAUGAGCAAAUCUUCUUCUGGCUAGUCCUACCGCACUCAUUCUCCCUGCGCAAGUGGAAAAAAUAUCAGAAUCUGACUGUAUCGUGCUGUGUAUUGCCUAUAUCGUUGUUCGCACACAACUUCAAAUACGAUUUUUAUCAAUGUUUAGUGUGAUAUCGGGAGAUUUGAGACACACUCAGCAUGAUUUCAUAUUAAAAAAACUGCAGUUCAGCCAAUCUAAUAUAAGAAAAAGAUAACAAAAAGCAACCAAAUGAUUGUUCUGUGUUGCUGGUUGCUUUAUGAAAACAACGGCACGGAUAAUUAGACAGGUGGUCAACUUGGCGUGAAACCCAGUGUUCUGUUCCCUGUUCUGUUUCUAUUAGUUUGUUUUUUUAAUGUGAGUUGCAUGGACUCUAUUUAGCUGUUUCUAAAAAUACAUGGUAGCAUGGCUUCAUCCCUGGAAUGGAGAAUAAUAUCUGCUCACUGGGCUACAAAAACUACAAAAUAUUGUUCUUGAAAGCAUGACUUCUAGCUGCUCUGUUCAGUGAGAGCCGCCGCGUUCAUCAAUAACGCCAUCUGAUAAUAACAAAGUACAGUUUUGAUCUUUCGUGUUUACAAUCUGUAAUACGCUUACAUCCAGUAAAUAUUAGGCAAGUUGUGUGUAUGCAUCUGGUCUCUAGUUAUCUGACAUUCAAGGGAACCAUUUUAGACAAUAAAUAAGCUUUCUAGCUGUAGUUCUAGCGAUGUUCACCGGUAUGCUCUUUAACAUGCUGCCAGUUAAUCUCUCCCUCUCUGAGUUGACUUCUGCUCGUGUUUUCUUCCUCGCUGCGUUUGCUCGACCUCUUUUUACAUAUGAUGCAACGGCUUUCUGCAGCUCCAAACUGCCAGGCGUACGUGAAGGCAGGUUUUGGAAAUACAAAGUUGAUUUUUUUUUUUCUCUUUUUCUGUACAUAGCUUCCAGAAACAAAUGUACAUAAAACAUGGCUGUUAUUUUUUUAUUAUUUAAUGUUGGAAGUGUUGAGUACAUUCAAUAUUGUUCUAUGAUUGUAUGUUGACAAACUGACAGUUUUGAAAGUUACAUUUUUUUGGAAUAAAAUUAACAUGUCUACGAUA